AAGAAAAAACAAACAGCAUUUUGCGCUCUCUCUCUCUCGUCUCUCUCAUCACUUCUAAUUGCUCAGAGACAUCGAGAUUUCAAAAGAACUUUUCAUAUGGCGAAUCAGUUGGAGAGUCUGGUGGAGUCGAUAAAAUCGAAGGUACGUUCGCUAAAGAAAAAGAAAGCGAAGAAGCCGUAUUUGAAGAUGGAAAAGAGCUCGAGUGUUAAAGUCGAGAUCAGAAGCAUAAAGGCUCGAAAACUCAUCGAGAAAAAUCUCAAAGCUGCGGAUAAUGUCAUAGCUAAACGAGGCUUAUUCUAGAUUAAGAUAUGUAGUGUAAGUUUCGUGUUUUAGCAUUUCGAAUGUGAAUAUAAUUUUUUUUUUAUUUUGUGCUGCCUAUAUAUGUGUAUCGGGAUCCGGUGACGGAGAAGGUUCGUUCCGGGAUCGUAAGCUGAAAAUGUUAUUAGUGCGUGUGUUUGACUCUUUUUUAUAAUGAUUCUUAUAAUCUGUGCUGCAUAGAUUUUUCUUUA